GCUCUCCAAGCCUCAGGGCGGUGCGAAGAUGGCGGCAGCAGAGGUGGUGGCGGCUGCAGUGGCGGCCGGGCCCUGGGCGGCUCAGGCACCGAGCUCGUUGCUGCUCGUGGUGGGUGGCGAGUGCAGCUGCCCGGGGCUGCUGAACUACGUGCUGGAGGAGCUCGAACGAGGCCUCAGGUCCUGGGACAUUGACCCUGGCGUCUGCAGCCUGGAUGAGCAGCUCAAGGUGUUUGUGUCUCGGCACUCAGCCACCUUCUCCAACAUCGUAAAAGGUCAACGCAGCCUGCACCACCGAGGAGACACCCUGGAGACCCUGGUCCUUCUGAACCCAUCAGAGAAGUCCCUAUGUGAUGAGCUCCGGAACCUUCUCCUAGACCCUGCGCCUUACAAGCUUCUGGUGCUGGCUGGGCCCUGCCUGGAAGAGACAGGGGAGCUGCUGCUCCAGACUGGGGGCUUCUCGCCCCGCCACUUCCUCCAGGUCCUGGGGGACAGAGAGAUCCGGGAUCUCCUGGAUGCUGCGCCCCCGUCUGCAGACCCGCCCAAGCUCACCAUUACUUGCCCAACCCUCGGAGACUGGGCCCAGUUGGCACCCGAAGUGCCUGGCCUCCAGGGUGGGCUCCGGCUGCAGCUGAACCCACCAGUGCAGCGGCCGGCCUCUGAGGGUCUGCGUGAGUUCCUGGAGUACGUGGCUGAGUCCCUGGAAUUGCCGUCCCCCUUCGAGCUGCUUGAGCCACCAGCAUCCGUGGGCUUCCUUAGGCUCGCCCGGCCUUGCUGCUACAUAUUCCCCGGUGGCCUUGGGGAUGCCGCCUUCUUUGCUGUCAAUGGCUUCACCAUGCUGGUCAAUGGUGGCUCAAACCCCAAGUCAAGCUUCUGGAAGCUAGUGCGGCACCUGGACAGGGUGGACGCGGUUCUGGUGACACAUGCAGGUGCCGACAGCCUCCCGGGCCUCAACAGCCUGCUGCGACGCAAGCUGGCAGAGCGUGAGGAGGCAGCAGUCGAUGGGGGCUCUGGGGAUGACAGGCUGCGCAGGCUCGUCUCGCCAGGCCUGGGUGUUGUGUUCCUCAAUGCCCGAGGGGCCACCUCUCGUUUGGUGCGCGGUGAGGAUGAGGCGGAGCUGGCCUGUAGCCUUCUGGCUCGGCUGGGCAUAGAGCCCCUACCCCUGAGCCGUGGAUCCAUGCCAGCUGAGCCCACUGUGCUCUUCCAGAAAAUGGGUGUCGGCCGGCUGGACAUGUAUGUGCUACACCCGCCCUCGGCUGGUGCUGAACGCACACUGGCAUCUGUGUGUGCCCUGCUGGUGUGGCAUCCCACAGGCCCCACUGAGAAAGUGGUGCGUGUGUUGUUCCCUGGCUGCACACCACCUGCCCGCCUCCUCGAUAGCCUGGUCCGCCUACAGCACUUGGGUUUCUUGCGGGAGCCCGUGGUAACCCCCCAAGACCUGGCAGGGCCUCGGCGUACCGAGAGCAAAGAAAGUGUGGGCUCCCGGGACAGCUUGAGGAGAGAGGGCCGGACUACACUGCCUGCCAGGCCUGCCCAGGAGCGCCCUGGGGUGGCCCGAAAGGAGCCAUCACGGGCAGAGGCCCCUCGCAGGGCUGAGAAGGAAGCUAAGCAUCCCCGAGAGGUGAAGAAGGACCCCAAGCCAAGCACUGCUCGGACCCAGCCCAGGGAGUUGAACCGGGUACCCUCUACUCUGGUCAGCGGCAAGAAGGCGGGUGUCCAGGCAGCCUCCAAGCCCCGAAAAGCACCCAACAGUCACCGCCCAGGUGUCCCAUUGGCAGCUAAUGGGCCCCACAGCACCCCCAGCUUCCGGUGUGGAGAGGCAAGCCCCCCCACAGAGGCCUGCAGUUCUCCUGUCCCCCAGCUGGUGGCCACACCCAGCCAAGGGAGCAGCCUGGAACUGGGGCUGAGCCCCACAGGGGAGGACAGUAGCAGCCUAAAGACUCAGGAGCAGCUGGUGGCCAGUGGCACCUCCCCACCGCACACCCCCUCACCAGCUGGAGCCCAGCAGGGCCCAGCUGAGGGCGGUAGGCAGCUGUCACUGAGCCCUCUGCGGGGUGGGGAGGUGGGGCCAGAUGCCUCCCCCACAGUGACCACACCUUCCCUGCCUGCUGAGGUAGGUUCCCCGCACUCCACAGAGGUGGAUGAGUCCCUGUCCGUCUCCUUUGAGCAGGUACUGCCACCGCCCCCUGUCCCCAUGAGCGAGGCAGGGCUGAGUCUCCCACUUCGAGGCCCUCGUGUGCGACGCUCGGCCUCCCCGCAUGACGUGGACCUGUGCCUCGUGUCACCCUGUGAGUUUGAGCACCGCAAGGCCAUGCCCAUGGCACCAGCCCCCACAUCCCCCGGCAGCUCCAAUGACAGCAGCGUCCGGUCCCAGGAGCGGGCAGGCGCUCCAGGUGCCGAGGAGACACCGCCUACAUCCGUCAGUGAGUCCCUGCCCACGCUGUCUGACUCAGACCCUCUGCCUGCUGUCCCUGGCACUGCGGACUCAGAUGAGGACAUGGAGGGCUUUGGGGUCCCUCGCCACAACCCAUUGCCCGACCCCCUCAAGGUUCCCCCACCGCUGCCCACCCCACCCAGCAUCUGCAUGGUGGACCCCGAGCUGUUGCCCCCUGAACAGGCCCGGCGGACAGAGGGCCUCAGCCGUACCCGGAAAUCCCUGACCCGCCCGAACCUCAGCACUGCCGCCCCCAAAGCCACUCCAGUGACCACUGCCAAGACUAAGGGGCAGGCUAGUGCGAACCGGGCCAGUCGGCCACUCAGCGCCCGGAGCGAGUCCAGUGACAAGGGAGGUCGGGCACCCCUGUCCAGAAAGCCCUCAGUCCCCAAGACGACCACUCGGGGCCCAUCAGGGUCAGCUAGCAGCCGGCCAGGCGGGUUGGAAGCCUCACCUGGCUCCCCUGUCUACCUUGACUUGGCCUACCUGCCCAGCGGGGGCAGCAUCUGCCUGGUGAAUGAGGAGUUCUUCCGGCGGGUGCGAGCACUCUGCUAUGUCAUCAGUGGCCAGGACCAGCACAAGGAAGAGGGAAUGCGGGCCGUCCUGGAUGCACUGCUGGCUGGCAAGCAGCAGUGGGACCGUGACCUCAAGGUGACCCUGAUCCCCACCUUUGACUCAAUGGCCAUGCACGAGUGGUAUGAGGAGACGCAUGCUCGGCACCAGGCGCUGGGCAUCACGGUGCUAGGCAGCAACAGCACCGUGUCCAUGCAGGACGAGGCCUUCCCCGCUUGUAAGGUGGAGUUCUAGCCCUGCCCCGUUCCCACCCCACCCGACUGACCUUUCAGCCCACAUCCGCCACUGUCCUGAGAAUCACUGCAUCAGAAAUAAACUAAAUUCCCCACUCCACCAUGGCCUCGGUUUCCUCUGCCAAUGGGAGACUUGGCAGCACAAGGGACAAUUGCCAUCAUGUGGGCUCCUGGGUCAGGCAUUGCAGAGGGCGUGCCUCUCCAGUAGUGAUUGCUGGCAAUGGCGCUUGCUGCUGACCGCAGCCCUCCCCCCACCCUGGCCAAUGAGCAACCCAUUUUCCAGAUGAGGAAGGCAGCCUGGACCCCUUCCAUGCAGACCGGUCAGUGGUUGAAGUGAGAUUUGAACCCCAGUCUCUGCUCCAAAGCCAUAAAAGAAAAGCUGCCCUCUGUUCCUGGAGAAAAUGGAUGCUUGUGGCAGAAGUCACAGCUGCAGAAAGGUGUUAUAAAGAAGAACCUGAAACCCAUAGUUGCAAACAGCAGUUUCUUGAUGGGCCCCUGCCCUUAUCACUGCAUGUAUGGAAGCUCCUAGAUACAACUUUAGAUAAGACACCAUCCAUAAUGGGUCGAACGGUGACUCCAGAAAACACGUUUGAAUCCUGGCUCAUGAUACCUGGGAAUGUGACUUGGAUGUGGAAAAACGGUAUUUGCAGGUGUAAGUAAGUGGAGGAUCUUGAGAUGAGAUCAUCCUAGACAGAGUGAUUCUAAGUCCAGUGACAAGUGUCAUUGUAAGGGACAGAGGGGGAGACCCAGACCCAGAGGAGGAAGCUGUGUGCAGGUGGAGGCAGAGGUCGGAGUGAUGCAGCCACAAGCCAAGGAGUGCCAGGGCACCUGAGGCUAGAGAAGGUAAGGAAGCCACCUCUCCUAGAAUCUCACACAGGAACCUACCCUGCUCACACCUGUGUUUUUAAGCUCCCAGUUUGUGAUACUUUGUGACAGCAGCCCCAGGACACUCACGCCAUCAGAUGUCCUGAGUUGGUCAGCACACUGCUCUUCUCCCUGGAAACAGCGGCCCGGAUCACUGCAGCUGCGGAAGGUUUUGUGGCACAGAUUCCCUCUGCCUGUCUCAGCCAGGUCUCAGUGUGUUCAGGCUCCUUGAAGGAUACCCCAAGUUGGGCAGCGUGAGCAGCAGACACCAUUCUCUCUGAGGGCUGGAAGUCUGAGAUCAGGGUGCUGGCAUAAGGGGGUUCUGGUGAGGGCCUCUUGCUGGCUUGUGGACAGUUGCCUUCUUGCUGUGUCCCCAUGUGGCAGGCAAGAGAGCAGGUUGUCCCGAGUCCCUUAUUUAUAAAGGCACUAAUCGCACCCUAAGGGGCUCGACCCUCAUGGCCUCUUCGAACGCUGAUGACCUCCCAAAGGCCCCACCUCCUAACACCAUCUUACUGGGGAUUUGGGCUUCAACAGGAAUUUAGGGGCACACAAACCAGUGCCGUGGCAAUCAGGGCCCAGAGUCACAGGGCCGGUGGCAGGUGCAGAAAUCUCUACUUUGAUUACCUCUUUAAUAAGCCCUGAGUACUUGGUGGGUCUUUCCUCACCUUGUACAUUUCUGAGGUGGCUGUUUCAUUGCCCUCCCUCAGCACCACAGCUCAACAGACCUUCUACCACCUGGAGCGUUAGCUAGUGAGGUGGGAAGGGGACAUGUGGUGGUGAAUCAGGAUGAGCUUCUAAAGGCUUCUAAUGGGAAGCAUUUAAUUGACCAAAGCAAGUCACAUGACUGGCAAAUCAGGAGCUGGGAGGUACGAAGCUCCUCUUGUACCUAGAAGGAGGAGAAUCAGAAAUCAUGUAAAUCAGCUAAUGACCCCUGACAAGUCCCUGCAAAAGGGAGUUUUGCCCUGACCCGAGGUUGGCAAACUUUUUCUGUAAGAAAACAGAUCGUAUGUUUUUUGGUGGUGUGGGCUAUACAGUCUCUGUCCAGACGAUGCAACUCCGCUGUUGUAACGGAAUACAUGGAAAUGGCUGCAUUCCAAUAAAACUUUAUUUACACGGAGA